AUGCAUGCCAUAUUAAGGGGCCGUAUUUUAGGGGUGGCAUGCCAGUCUAGCAAGCACCUUUUAUCAAGCCCAACACCGAUAAACCCACGAACAGCACUACAACCAAUAAUAAAAGCGAGUAGACGCCAUCAAUCGACCUCAUCAGGAGCUCCCGACCUGUCAUCCAUUACCACCCCACUACGAUAUGCUGCAUUUAUAAUAGCUGGCACUUUCUUUAUAUCCUACUCUCUCGACCCAAGAGCAAACAUUCACAAACAUGUUUGGAUGCCAAUCAUCCAUUUCGCAAUCCCCGAUGCCGAGGACUCGCAUAAACUAGCCAUAUGGCUCGCACACCAUGGAAUAUCGCCACGUGAUACGAAAGCAGACCAUCCAAGUCUGUCCACUUCGCUGUUUGGUAAAAAGAUGCUGGUGAGUAACCCAAUAGGACUCGCGGCUGGAUUUGACAAGAAUGGGGAGGCUAUAGAUGGAAUGUUAAAUCUGGGAUUUGGAAUGGUCGAGAUUGGAUCAGUCACUCCGCUACCACAGAACGGGAAUGCAAAACCUAGAAUGUUUAGAUUGCCAAACGAUCAGGCGGUAAUCAAUCGAUAUGGAUUUAAUUCAGAGGGGAUGCUCGCUGUUAUAGAACACUUACGAGCCCGUAUGAGAUGGUAUAGACAUCCUAAAUCCGAUACAUCAGUCCCGAAAUCUCUAAGACCAGGUCACUUGUUGGGUAUCAACCUCGGCAAAAACAAACUAUCACCAGCCGAUUCAAACCAGGAUUAUAUUGAUGGUGUACAGCAGCUAGGACAAUAUGCAGAUUAUCUUGUAGUUAACGUCUCGUCGCCAAACACUCCUGGACUACGAGCUCUUCAAAAGAGAGAGAUACUGGAAACGCUCUUGUCGGAUGUUAAAAAGGCUCGCGAUGAUUCAUUCAGUAAACAGGGGCCACCCAUACUCGUAAAGAUUGCUCCCGAUUUGAGUGAUGAGGAGGUGCAAGAUGUAGCUGAUUGUAUCAAAAAGGUGGGGAUUGACGGUGUAAUUAUAUCAAACACUACAAUCUCACGUCCUGGCUCUCUCAAAUCACCCCGUCAAUUGGUAAACGAACAAGGAGGACUAUCGGGAGCACCAGUACAACCACUAGCUCUAUCAAUGGUCAAGAAAAUGUAUAAACUGCUUCCAAAAGACAUUCCCAUUAUCGGGUGUGGUGGAAUAUCCACUGCUGACGACGCCAUCAAGUUUGCAAAAGCAGGUGCAUCUGCAGUACAGACCUAUACAAGUCUGGGAUAUCAAGGCCCGGGCCUUGUUGCAUCCAUUAAAGAUGAUUUAGUCGCUAAACUGGAUGGUAAAAAAUGGAGUGAUAUCGUUGGUAUAGAUCACCAAACAAUAGAAUAA